AUGUGUAUGAUAAAACUCUCCGAUAUCUGCAAAUACGCCAAAGAAAUCCGCUGGUCCCGCUUCAAAAUCUCCUACGACUUCCCCGAAGAUUUCUACCUCCAAAAAUGGCAAACCACCAAACAAAUCGAUGGGCAUUACGUCGCAUUCCGCCUGCUAUUCCUGCUCUCAGUCUCCUCCCAAAUCCACCUCCUAACAAGAUUCACCGCCCAAAACGCCCACCUCCCUUUCAUCUACUUCACGCAUUGGACUUUUGUAUCAAUGGGCAUCUACGGCCUAGCCCACUUUAUCCUAGUAAUAUGUGGUUACACCCAUCAACAAACUGAGUGCUACCAAGAUGGCGGCGCCAGUGUUCCAUCUUUCAGCAUCUUGGAACUAAGACUUUUCAAUGAAAUCACAUUAAUCUUGGCGAACAUUGCGCAUAAUUGCGCGAUUUGUGUUUCCGUGUGUUUCUGGUCAGCUUUUUGGACACAAGAGGAAAGUGAUUUGACAUGGGGGUGUAAAAUGUAUCAUGUGUGGUUGGCGGUGAUUAUCAUUUGGAAUUAUGUGUUGAUAUCGAUUAAUUUCAAGAUUGAAUAUGCGUAUUUACCUUUUGGUUUUGGAGUGAUUUAUGCGCUGUUUUCCGGGGUGUUUUAUUUGAAAGGUGGCGUGGAUCAUAAGGGUAGGCAUUAUAUUUAUAAAUUGGUGGAUUGGGGACGUGCGCCGAAGAUUGCUAUAUCUGUGGUGAUUUCUUCGUUGAUUAUUGCUGUAUUGGUGCAGGUUGUGUUGUUUUAUUUGGAUAAAGGAAAGAGGAAUAUUUAUAAGAAGUAUUUUGUGAAGGAUGAUGACGAAGGGGCUGAGAUGAUUGAUCCUACAAAGCGAGGAUUUGUGUAA